AUGGAGAUGCAGUGCAAGGAGAGAGUGGACUUACUUGAAGCUUUGAGACAAUCGAGACUGGAGGAGGCUUCGGGCGAGAGGUCAAUAGACGAGCGCAAGGGCAAGGCCAGCAGGGCUUCUCCUUCCAGAAAGUCAAGACACUCUUCAGAGAUCGAGCACGGUGAACCAGGAUAUAUUGGGAACGGCACAAUCCCUGCCGUGAGCUACCCAGAUAUCUCACGACCGCCUUCACUGCCACAGCGACCUUCAUUAUUCCCAAGGCGCAGCUCUGAACGUGCAGUUGUAGGGAGCAAAGGGUCAGAUCAGGCUUCACAUUCUGCACACUUUUCGAGAACGAACGCAUCGUCUUCUAGCUUGCUCGCACCGCCAGUGAAGAAGACGUCUCGAAGUCAGAGUCCUGAUAAAGGAAGAACCAUGCUCCACACAUUACGAUCGUCUGAUAGAAGCAAAAGAAAGCCAAGUCCGAAACCAUCUGGGUCCAGCAGGUCGGCAAAUCUCGUGACGAAUAAAGCUGCAACGCUGGCGUGGCAGUCACUUGGCAGGACAGGCCGAGAUAAACUUGGCCGUAGCCAGGACCCGGAGCUUUAUAAUAGCAGCACGACGCUAUCAGACUCCAGUCGGAAAGGAAGCAUUGACGAUCGAGUGGGUGGAAGGUCUUACUCGUCAGGUAAUGUGCGAUAUGAUAGUAGGACAAGAACCCUUGUCCACGACAGGUCCCCCAGACCUCCAAGCCCGGUGGAUAUAUUACCAGGCAACCAUGAGUUAUCUGGUUCUACGGACCGUUCGAAUGACUAUCUGUUCCCACCAGCCGGUCCAAACCAUGCCGAUGCUGUUACAGGAUCGAAGCUUACUUCGUCGGCAUCGCAUGAUCCACUUAAUGUUACUCUGACUGAACCCAGUAUCCCUGUGCCUAAAAGGACGCCUCCUCCACCGCCACCUCGUUCAAAAAAACCGAUCAAUUUCGAACCUGUAUCCUAUCCAACAUACCUCAAGGAAUAUCCGGAGACGAGUGCCAAAAAAGCCAAGGCUGAAGCUGAAUUUCCGCUGCGGCGCAAGCCGGCAGUAGCAGAUGGGGCCGACAUCAAGUUGGCUGAUGCUUCUCCCAAGCUGUCAAGGAGACCAGCAACAGCGAGCAACUCACCUGCUCGACAUUCUGAUCGACACCAAGCCAGGAAUAAUGCGAGACAGGUUGGAAGAAGUGAUGCCAGGCGCUCCAAAGAUUUGGAUAUGUCAUCUCUCAGUAUCGACGAUGACACUAAUAGCAGUGAAGGCUAUGAAGUCAGCCCAAGGAGGAAGCACUUGCAGAAGCAAAAGCAGAAGCAGAAGCAGAGGGAAGAUCUGAUCCUUGCGGAUCCAACCACUCCGACAUCUGAUGAUUCCGAUUCUUCGAGUACUGAUCCUGAGAAGAAGGCUUGGGAAGAGAAAGUUGCACAGCUCAUGAAGAACCUGCCAAAAGGUGUCGACGAAGGAGCUGCGAAACAAAUAUUCAACGAAAUCGUGGUACAUGGAGACGAGGUUCAUUGGGAUGAUGUUGCAGGUCUCGAAAUUGCCAAGAAGGCGUUAAAAGAGGCGGUCGUUUAUCCCUUUCUUCGGCCAGAUCUAUUUAUGGGUCUCAGGGAACCCGCUCGUGGGAUGCUCCUUUUUGGACCUCCUGGGACGGGGAAGACUAUGCUGGCAAGAGCUGUCGCAACUGAGUCGAAAUCAACCUUCUUCUCGAUUUCGGCUAGCAGCUUGACGAGCAAGUACCUGGGCGAGUCGGAGAAACUCGUGAGAGCCCUCUUCUCUCUUGCCAAAGCUUUGGCGCCCAGUAUCAUUUUUGUAGACGAGAUCGACUCCUUGCUUUCUUCGCGGUCUGGCUCAGGUGAACAUGAGGCUUCGAGACGUAUCAAGACGGAAUUCUUGAUCCAGUGGAGCGACCUACAGCGAGCCGCGGCAGGGAGGGAGCAGAGUGAUAAGGAGAAAGAAAGAGGUGAUCCUAGUAGGGUUCUAGUCCUUGCGGCUACCAAUCUUCCAUGGGCCAUUGAUGAAGCUGCGAGACGUCGUUUUGUUAGGAGGCAGUAUAUUCCUCUACCGGAGGAUGAAACUAGGGCAACGCAGCUGAGAACCCUCUUGGGACACCAGAAGCAUAGCCUUAGUGAGGCUGAUAUCCAGGAGUUGGUUAGGUUAACGGAUGGUUUUUCGGGAUCCGACAUUACGGCUUUGGCCAAGGAUGCUGCCAUGGGCCCGCUACGGUCUCUUGGUGAAGCUCUGCUUCACAUGUCUAUGGAUCAGAUUCGUCCGAUCCAAUUCAAGGACUUUGAAGCAAGUUUGGUCAAUAUUCGACCUAGUGUCAGCAAGCAAGGCUUGAAGGAGUUUGAGGAUUGGGCUAAGGAGUUUGGUGAGCGUGGUGGUUAG